CUUUGUGCCAACCGAUACCUUUCGCACACGGUGUCAAGGCAAUCACAUCAUCCCUGCUUAAAAUUGAAUUCAGAUAAUUAUGUGAUCUCUGAGUGAGUGACGUCUCAGGAGGGAGGCAUGAUCAUUUUUGGCUGGUCAGCAUCGUCGUCAUCGUUUUCGUUAUCGCAUCGUAACAUCACGCAUCGUUCUUUUGUUUUGCUCUUACCCUCUAUCUCCAGAACGCACUCUCACUGCUCUACCGUUUUUGUUCCCCUCCAGAUUUUCUUAUCAAGAAUUUGAAUUUAAUAUUCAAAAUAUUGAUUCUAUCAACAGUUCGAGUUAAUUUCACUUUUACAGAAGUAGUGUUGUUCGUGUAACCACUUUCACCACUUCUGAGUCAACAUUUGAUGGUUUCGCUACCCGUGGAAAGGUCUAUAGAUCUGAUGUUUCAUCUUUUGUCUCAAAAAAUUGCGAUUAUUUCACUUUCCCAGGCCGAGCAGACAUCAGCAUAGAGAAAAGCCAUUGUGUUGUGGCUUGCUAUUAUUAUCUACUUCUUUGCCAAAGCUGCAAUUGCAAAAGACGACAACCUUAGUACCAGCUUGUGACUCAAAUAUACUAACCUAAGUACUCGGAGUUUUUAGAUUGUCUUCAGUGUCGUAGCAUAAGCGUUUUUACAGGCUUCCUUUGCUUACGACUGCGUCAAGAUGCAGGGUCCCCCAUUAGGUGUGCCGGCUCGGCAAUCUCCGGCGCAGGCUUCACCUCUCAGACAGUCAUCCUCAUCUCCAAGAGGGCCGUUCUCCCCAACCGUCAUUUUGACACUCAAACCCUCUGCCUCUGUCGUCUUUGACGACACUGGACCCGCUGUAGCAGGCAGCACAGAGCUGAAAGAGAACAAGCAAGCCUUUCUUCCUACACAAGGAAUUCCCACAGAUCCUAUUCCUACUCGAGGAACCACAACUUCGACUACUACACGACCUGCUAUUUUUCCCACUUCUCAAGUAGCAGCAACUGCAACAACGUCCACUACAUGUACUAACGUAGGUAAAACUUCGAUGAGGAACGCAAAAGUGUCUACGACUAUUCCCGCUACUUCCCAAGUAGGAAACUCCAGCACUACUCAAGGCGGAGCAACGACCGCAUAUGGAACAACCAAUCUUCCACCAGAAACGGGAAACUCCACAACUACAACUAGUGAAAAAAAAUUUGUCAAGUGUAACCCGCCUCCUGACGUGCAUUUCAAAACUAAGCCGAAUGUCAAGAUUGUAUUCUGCGAGAGUCCGCAGGGAGAACAGCGAAAUAUUAGCGGCGUACUUAUGUGAAUACCUUGCUGACCCUUUUGGCUGCCGAUUUCUCGGCUGAAGAGUUCUUGAUUGAGGGUGAAUGAAGAAGAUAAUCAGGCUUAAAUUCAUAGAUACAUAUUGUUAUUUUCGUGCGACGAAGAAUCAGAAUCUUCAACAAUGCAGCAGCACUAGCUACAGUAGGUAGAAAAUGAAAAUCAACGAACUCGGAUGAACAAAUAGAGGCAUAAUAUUCUAGAGUACUAAUCAACUUUUUCAAAUAAUCACAAUAGAAAUAUAUCAGGUUUCCCAAGCAGCAGCGCCCAGCGGUGUAGUUCCAAAGAGUGCGGGCCUGCCUGCUCGUGGACCGGUACAACUUAUUCCUGUGUAUUUAUCAAAUGUUUUUUUUCUCGUAUGAUCCACCUUGAAUACAUGACUUGUCUUCAUGUCUUAUUUCUACAACAACAGGUGAAUGGUAGGUGUAUGUUGUUGACCCAAAGGUUAAUGUUUGUAUCGACCACUUAUCUGUUUUUCUGAUAUGCAUUUUCGGUUUGUUGCAGCAGACAUGAAACUUCUGAAGGUUUCUUCGAACUUUGAACGUGCGUCUGUGCGGCCAGAUGGUCUGAAGUCCGCAAAAGUUGAACAUCAAGAUAACGGUAUUGCAGCUCCUCGUAAUCUCUUAACUACUUCGGCUACUAGUUCUGCCUCUUCUGGCAGCCACUGCAGCGAUGGCGUAUCGCUUGGUGUGCCACUUCCUCCUCAGCACGAAAGGCAGUCGCGAGCAGCUCAGGAUGGUACAACUACAGAUGCUGGCAUUCGCUACCUGGGGCUCUUCGACGCCAAUUGCCGGGAAGUCUUCGAGGACGAGCGCACAGGACAGCUGUUCACACUAGCGGUACCAGGUGAAUCAGGAUCGGAACAAAGGCGUUUGCCGGUCGUGCCAGCAGCUGGAAACAGUAGAAGCUCCAAUGCCAAUGGAGCGGAUAGCCUCGUCACGCUCUUCACAGCGGCAGGACAGAGUAUCAGAUACGUGCAGGAGUCCGUUAGGCCCUCGUCAUCUUCAGCUGUUUCAUCUAAAAGAUCUGUAUGCACUAGCGCAUAUUCCCUCCCUGGCGCGACGGGAUCUUCAGCACUUCUACGAGGUGGUAGCACUUCAUCUACUGCUGGAGCAGAACCACGAAAUGCUGAAAAAUAUACAGAUUAUACUGGCGACGCUGCUCCUCGUAGAGGCAGUAGAAGCAGCGCCCGACCUCCACUGUUGGCUGAUAGCAGCACACCGACAUUCGAUGAUCUACGUCGCCACUAUAGCAGUAGUGGAUCAGUGGACCAUCGAAACAGGACUCCUUCGCCAUCAGCACUCUUGGAGAAGAAUCUCAGCGCAGGCGUCAACGGAAUCAGGGAGCUGAGUAACAGCAUGCGACGGCUUUCACAAGGACAUGCCGCCGACCCGAGUCCGAAGCGUCGCAAGACACCUUUUGGGGCCGUUGAUUUGUUCUCUCCCCCAGCCGGCGUCGACGAGCACUCGGUAUCUUCCAGAAUGACUGACCAUGGAGAGUCGGACUUCGUGACCGCAGAUGAAGAUGGCGAUCUCGCGCAUACACUGGAGGACCACUUCGCAAAAGGCGCAGGCAAAAAAGGCAAGGAGAACAGUUCUAGUAAAAGUGAUGCGAUGGCCUUGUCAUCUUCGUCUGGUAAAGGCGGCGUAUCAGCAUUGUCUAAUGGUCGUAACGCGGAACUUCUACAUGAUCGAGCAGCCGUCAACAACACUGAAGGAACAGGAAGUGAGAUGAAGCGAACUAGUAUAGGUUCUUCAGGCAAGGCGAGAGUUCGCGAUGAAGACAGAAAGUCUGCUUUCGGAGGAGGAAAAGGAAAGGAUGGUGGUAGUGCUGGUGCUCCCUCUCGUGAAGCAGACCUCCACGGCGAACCUGAAGCGGAUCCUAUGGAGAAGGACGGCUUCGCCGACUAUGAUCACCUUGUUGGAGCAGACGACCAUGACUACUUACUGGGAGAUGAGGACCACGAUUUUGACAGUGGCACAGGAAAUAAAGGGUCAUCUUCUUACGAGAAAGGUUUCGGCAAGAAGGGCAAAGGUAGUAAGGACGGUUGGCCGAGUCACGAUAAGAAUUCGAGCUACAACAAAGGUGCUGGCGCCUAUGUUCGUGGGGGCAAGGGGAGCGAGAGUCGUUCCUUCUUGUCCUCCUCAGGACUCGUACUGCGCAACAACAGCUUCAAGUCCCCUUCGUCGACUCGUCGCGGGCGUUCCAAAACCCCCAAGUUUGGGCGGGAUAUAGAUGCUGCUAUGGCACAGCGCCUAGCAUCGAGAGAAGUGGCGAAGACUCCCGCGGAGUUGGGCCAUGCAAAUUUCUCGACCUCAACGACUUCUGGAGAACGCCGCAGUGACCGCGCCAGGAUGCAACCACUAGACCAUUCGCGUAGAGGCGCGCGAAUCCUUCCACAGGCUGGUCAGGCUCAAACCACAUUUGUGGACGAGGGCUUGAUGGGCGGCUACUACGAUCCACCAGCGACGCCAAGAUACGGCAUCAGUUAAGGCUCCAUGUGAUUCAUUUUCACAGCGCAUUUUUCUCGGUUUCCUUCUCGCCGAAUUCUGAGAACAUGGACUGAAGAAAUGAGUUUCAGCUUCUCUAAUUCAGUUUUCUUGGGGUUGGAGCUACGCCAGAGCGUCCGGCGUUGCAUGACGAUCCUCUGCGUGAAAUAGAUGCUUCCACCAGUUUCCAGCGGCCUCUGGGUGGGGACGCCAAUUUCCUUGGCAGCGCGGCUUCUAGUCCGGAUGAUAUGGACGGCUUGCACAGAGGACGAGCGAAGCGAAAACGAAGACAGCGCCGUGAGUGGGAGAUUGUCGAGGAACGGAAUCGCGGUCUUCCAAGGAAGUUGUGGGGUCGCCAGGAGCACGCGCAGCCAGCACUCGUCUACCUACCAGACGCCGCGCACUCACCAGGUGUGGAACAAAGACAAUCCGACUUUGAGGAACUCCACGGCAACUUUUUCUACAAUGAGGCGGAUGAUCCUUUUGGCGACGGCGGAAAAUUAAGGGAAGCAAGAACUAAGAUGUGUUUCAUUUCUGUCACUCUCUGUAUGAGUAUGUAUCCAGUUUUCUCUGUUUUCUUGUAUGACCGCUCGGUAGAGGCAUUAUAUGCUUUGUAUUCACUCUUUCUUAUUCUUUUCUGGAGUGCUAGUUUCUGAGUUAGAAAGGUUUUCGAGCUCGUCUAAGACCAGGCGGCGACAGGCACGACCAAAACGAUGGCCUUAGGAGCUUCACAACUUCCGGACGCACGGCGUUGCCGCUCAUGGACAGGUCGCGAACACCAAACCGACCAGGUGCGGGUAUCAGAGCUAAUACUCUGAACGGAUCCUCCGGGUCUUCAUCUGCUUGCAUCACUUACACUUCGUCAUCGUCUAGCUCUACAGCUGCUGGGAAUGGUAGAAACACUGCGAUGAAACAGGCGAUGAAGACUGUUAGUGCUAUUUCUACGAAGUCCGGCGCAAAGCCGAACAACGGCGCUGUUUCGUCAUCAAUGAAGUCUGCAACUUCGUCUUGUUCAUCUUCUACGAUCAAGAAGAGUGCUCCAGCUAGCAAUCGCAAAUCGUCUUCAUCGACUUCCUCAGGGGCCACAACAUGUUCUUCCCAUUUUGGCAGUAGAGGUGCCGUCCAAGCUAGUAAAAUUCCUUCUGAACAGCAGCAAGAUAAGCAUAAGAAGGAAAGUGGUGAGCUGCAAUCAAAGAAGAAGAGUUCUAGUCAAAAGAAGUCGUCUGGUGAGAUCGACAUGGGGAACAUCGACGUCGGGAGUUUCGAUCUGAGACCCGCUAUCACGAUCGGAAAACCAUCGCCAACGGCUAAACUACCACCCCAUUUGCAAAAGUUCCUGAUUAAGAAACCGGAUGACUACGUGCCCAACGGGAGCAGCGACAGCAAUGCCGCGACGCCGGCGGCCUCCUUGGAGGCCAGUCCUGUGGCAGAAGGGCACGGAGAGGUGUCGCCGCUCUCGCCGCAAAGCCUCCAAAGAGCCAUGGAUGGACGACAUCGGAUGACAUACAUUUAAGGACUCAUCAAGACGACGACGACGACCUUUGUUUUAAGUGUCUUCGACAGAAGUGCAGGCAUCUUCUUCUUGGAACAAGGUUACUUACUAGGUCUAUUGGAAGACCGGGAAAAUUAUAAAUUCUUAUAAGUUGAUAGAUAAAAAACAUAACAAAAAAAUAAUCUAUAUUAUUAAUCUAUAUUGGCGCUAAGUCAACUAAGAACUGCACAAAAACGGUCAUUAUUGUCGCCUCCUCGUCCUGGAAGUGCUUCGCUUAGCGACUUUUGCAACUUGCUCUCUCUUGGUUUUUCUGUCUUUUGGUUUCGUUUCAUGUGAUUCCCCGCGCCCCUCCAGAGUCCACCGCACCAGCCUGCAAGUGUAUGCGGGGGGAUUCUGGAGGGGCGCGGGGAUUUGGAGGGCGCCCGAGGUUCUUGGCUCGCAAUUGGGUGAGGGUUUUCCAGAAGGGAGCGCAGUAGGCGGCGAGUGUUCUGCGGAUUCGUAUCAUGCCCGAGAAGAUUGAAUUUUGUCCGGAUUUUUGCAGUCCUUAGUUGAAUUUUCUCCAUUCUAACUCCACUUGUCUGUGGUCGAAUUUUUCGCCAUAAUCGGAAAGGUUUGAGACACUCCGCCCGAGGUUCUUCGUUCUUGGGUCUUUUCAUGUUGUUAAGUGUUGGACUUUUGACCACCCGGCGCCCCGAAGCUCUCGCGCCGGGUGGGAUUAGUUACAAAGAGAAGCGACGCGCUGCCGCCUUCAAAUGGUCAGACCACUCACGCGCGCCGCCGUUUGUGCGCAGAUUGUCGGGGGGGUUUGCUGGCGUUGUUCGCACUCUUUUGAAGUAUUUCAGCGGGGAAGUUUGCGGGGGUUUCGCCAGAAUUGAAUAAACCUCUCUAUUGUUUGCCGCUUUCCUGCUCGCUAGGCCAUUUUUGAUGAAAAAAGUGAAAAGAUGUCUUCAGAUUUUUUUCCAAAAAUGGCCUUGCGAGCAGGAAAGCGGCAAACAAUAGAGAGGUUUAUUCAAUUUCGUGGCAUUUCUCAAGAAGGGCUGGACCGGUUGCCGCUUGAGUUCCAAAGGGCUCGCGCCUCCUCUUUUUGUUAAGUUUCGAUGGUGUGGCGUGCUCGCUGUGCCUCUGGUGCUUCCGCAGAUGGCUGAUUAGAAUGGCGCUAAGUCAACUAAGAACUGCACAAAAACGGUCACUAUUGUCGCCUCCUCGUCCUGGAAGUGCUCCGCUUAGCGGCUUUUGCAACUUGCUUCCUCUUGGUUUUUCUGUCUUUUGGUUUCGUUUCAUGUGAUUCCCCGCGCCCCUCCAGAGUCCACCGCACCAGCCUGCAAAUGUAUGCUGGGGGAUUCUGGAGGGGCGCGGGGAUUUGGAGGGCGCCUGAGGUUCUUGGCUCGCAAUUGGGGGAAGGUUUUCCCGAGGGGAGCGCAGUAGGCGGCGAGUGUUCUGCGGAUUCGUAUCAUGCCCGGCAGGAUUGAAUUUUGUCCGGAUUUUUGCAGUCCUUCGUUGAAUUUUCUCCAUUAUUAAUCUCCGCCGCCAUAAAACUCCCCGCCUAACCCACCGGAGAUUAGUCGCCUCCUGCCGCGAAGCUAUUGCCCAUAGCCUCUUGCCCUUUCCCCUCACUCCUAAGCCCGAUAGUCUCCGGCCGUUUUCUUGUUGGAGUUCACGUUGCAGCCCCGUGGCAGACUACCAGAAAAGAAGCCAGGAAAAUGCCCGACGGGGGUAGGGGCGCAAGCUGGCGAGAGAAGUCCAAAGAGAAACAGCCGAAGAAAGACCUUCGACCACAGACACCUGGACCCCAGACCUCUGGACCAAUGGCGAUCUUUGGACCGAAGGCGACCUUCAGACUGAAGGCGAUCCUUGGUCCGAUCUUUGACCCAAAGAAAGGCGAUCGUUGGACCUACCAGAGACGAUCCGGGGACCAAAGGCGAUCGUUGGACCAGCGGCGAUCUCUGGACCAAAGGCGACCUUUGGACCCGAGACGACCUUUGGACCCAAGACGACCUUUGGACCCAAGGCGAUCUUUGCUAUUGCUGGACCCGGGACGACCUUUGGACCACCGGCGACCUUUGGACCACCGGCGACCUUUGGACCACAGGCAACCUUAACCUUUGGACCACAUCCACCGGCGACCUUUGGACCACACCAGACGACCGCCGGACCAAAGUAAGGGGACCUUCGGACCAAAGUGCGGCGACCUUUGGACCAAAGUAAGACGACCUUUGGACCAAAGUAAGACGACCUUUGGACCAAAGUGAGACGACCUCAGGACCAAAGUAAGGCGGCCCACCUCUGGACCAAAGUAGGGCGACCUCUGGACCAAAGUAAGGCGACCUCUGGACCAAAGUGAGGCGACCUUUGGACCAAAAUAAGGCGACCCUUGGACCAAAGUAAGACGAUCUUUGGACCGAAGGCGAUCCUUGGACCAGAGGCGAUCUUUGGACCAAAGACGACCUGUGGACCAAAGACGAUCUUUUGACCAGAGGCGUUUUUUGGACCAGACGCGACCUGUGGACCAAGGGCGACCUUUGGACCAAAGACGACCUGUGGACCACAGACGACCCUUGGACCACGGCAGACCUCUGGACCAAAGCUGACCUUUGGACCAAAGACGACCCUCAGACCAGAGGCAACCUCUGGACCACAGACGACCCGCAGACCACAGGCGACCUUUUAAGGCGACCUCUGGACCAAAGUAAGCCGACCUUUGGACCAAAGUAAGCCGACCGCUGGACCAAAGUAAGGCGACCUUUGGACCAAAGUGCGACGACCUUUGGACCAAAGUGAGACGACCUCUGGACCAAAGUAAGGCGACCUCUGGACCAAAGUAAGGCGACCUCUGGACCAAAGUAAGGCGACCUCUGGACCAAAGUGAGGCGACCUUUGGACCAAAAUAAGGCGACCCUUGGACCAAAGUAAGACGAUCUUUGGACCGAAGGCGAUCCUUGGACCAGAGGCGAUCUUUGGACCAAAGACGACCUGUGGACCAAAGACGAUCUUUGGACCAGAGGCGUUUUUUGGACCAGACGCGACCUGUGGACCAAGGGCGACCUUUGGACCAAAGACGACCUGUGGACCACAGACGACCCUUGGACCACGGCAGACCUCUGGACCAAAGCUGACCUUUGGACCAAAGACGACCCUCAGACCAGAGGCAACCUCUGGACCACAGACGACCCGCAGACCACAGGCGACCUUUUAAGGCGACCUCUGGACCAAAGUAAGCCGACCUUUGGACCAAAGUAAGCCGACCGCUGGACCAAAGUAAGGCGACCUUUGGACCAAAGUAAGACGACCUUUGGACCAAAGUGCGACGACCUUUGGACCAAAGGCGACCCUUGGACCAAAGGCGACCGUUGGACCAAAGGCGACCUUUGGACGACCAGAGACGACCGCUGGACCAAAGAUCUCCGACAAGACAAGAGACCCGCGACAGCAGACAUCUGACGAACGACCCCUGCCAGAAAAGCUGCCGCCUGACCUGUGGCGAGAAGCCCUACCUCGACGAGGAUAGCGAAGACCUUUGACGAAGGACGUCAGUCCGACGAACGCGGUCAGUCUGGCGAAAAACGUCAGUCCGACGAAGGGGCAGCAUCAACCUCACGAAGGAAAGACAUCCGCAGCCCGAAGAAAGGCCCCGCGCAGCCUGUUCCGCUUCUGACGCAAGGCAGACGCCUGGCGAAGCAGUGCGCCGGUCUGGCGAGAGGCGUCACCUGGCUGGUCAGUGCAUCAGCCUGACGAACGAACCAACGGCGCCACGCUGAAGCAAGCCAUCAACCUGACCAAAGGCGUGAGUCUUGGCCCGGCGAGGAAUGUCGGCCAAGCGAAGCGCUUCAGUCUGACGAAAGGCGUCAGCCUGACGAGAGACGUCGCCCGACCCUGACGAAGGGCCUCAGCCUGGCCCACGACGUCCGCCGAAGGGCGCCGGCCUGUCGUCCGACGAAGGCCGCCAGCCUGGCGCAGCGCGUUGGUCUGACGAACGGCAUCAGUCUGAUGGAAGGCCUCAGCCUCCAUCCUGGCGAAAGACGUCAGCCAGUCAAGAGGCUUCAGCCACAACCCGAAGCGCGACGCCCCACGCCCCCGCGAAGUGCGCCCGUCUGUUUCUGUCGAGAGACAUUUGGCGAAACAAUAACAAAGAAGCCCCGCCAGGUGUAAGCGCGUAGAGAGACCCGAGCAGCGCGGCCCUGCGUUGCUUAUGCUCUGUCUUGUUUGGCCUGCUAAAGCCGCCGCCCGUUCUUGCCUGGCGCCACCGCGAGGCGUUUGCGUGCGUUGGGGCUUGCGGAUUCUUGUGCGUGUCUGGCGGCCCUCUUCUGGUUUUUUCGUUGGACUGCCGUGGGGGUCUUGCAAAUUCUUAAGAAUUUGCAUGACCCCCCCGGCAAUCUCAUAAAAAAACCGAAGGCAGCGCAAUGCGCUGCACAUGAGUCGACGCAUCGAUCUGAGUCGGCCACCGUGCUCGGCUCUUGUCGUAGUUAAUUCGUAGGGUGCAACAGCUCACCCGCGGGCUGUCUCUACUCUAGCGGCUGUAGCCCGUGGGAGGCUGCAGAAAAGUGCUUAACUAACUUGAAGCCGGGCGAAGCUUGUGGAGGCUAGUAUAAUGACAUCAAUACGAACGUCGGCGUCGCGUUGUGAUGUGACUGGAAGAGACGUCAAGUACUCCUUCUUACGCACAAGAAUCAUGAUCUUCAACUCCAGAUGUAAGUAUGUUACGUUGGAGUGCGAUUUCUUUGAAACCUCUAAUAGAUUCACCGCGGUCGUGUGAAGUAUGACGGUUCCGCAAUGCCUCGUCCGUCACCUAUUCCCGAAUGCAGUCACGAGGAUUCGGCAUCGCGAAGCGAUCAGAGGUCGUCGGCGUCGUCCUCCUUAACAGGAGGCAAGAAGCAGCAGCCUCCUUUUAGCCGUACUUCUAGCAGUGAAAUGCCAAGAAUGGACAAUCUUGGUACCAGUGCGGAGGAAGAAGAAGACAUGGAGGAAAUGAUGGGUACGAAACGCAGCAAGACAAUAGCGUCUUCUUUUGUUACGAGUCGCGCCACUUCUUCUAAGUCUAAUGCUACGAGUCGUGUGUGGGAACGAGUGCAUCGACCUGAAAAAGCAUCUGGAAAAAUUGAAUUAAUGACGAAAAAAAUGCUACCCGAAUGCCUCAUUCUUCUAGGGAUGAUGUAUUUUCAUAUCUACUAUCUACGUACAUUCAGAUGAUGUCUUUUCAUAUGUCGGUGCACGUCCUCUUUUACCUAAGGAUGUGUUUUCACAUAUUCUCUACACGCCGUUCUACCUCUACCUCUAAUGUUAACAACGGAAGCAAAAGGACGAGUGCAAAUGCAGUUCCGAGGAAUCGUGUGAAAGAGGUGCAAGGUCGACAGGAAUAUGCAAAAGACAGGCGAGUAAAAACUGGAGACAAGAAGAGCUUGGCCAAAAUGAAUGCACAGAUCCGCGGAAACAAAGGUCGUUACGGUCCGACAAAAGUUGUGAGAAAGACGCACAAAGAUGCAAAAGCUAAAGCAUCGGGGCCAAAGAUGAAUACGGCCAUGAAUCAGGAGCUCAGCACCGGGAAACAGACAACAUCUGCGUCUUCUUCAAUGAAAACUGCAACCACUACCGCCAUGAAAACUCUGGGAACUGCAUCCUCAAAAAUGAAAACUACUAGGUCCUCUCCUGCUGGUAUGAAGAGUUCCAAUAGCACUAGUACAACUUCUGCAUCCUCUUCGAUGAAGACCGUGAGUAGAACUCUUGCUACAGCUAAAGGCGGCAAGAAAGUUAAGGCUAGGUUCAUUACGCUACUACACCUACGUGGAGAUGUGUAUCUAUUAUGCUGAGUGGAUUCCCUUGCUCAGGAGAAGCAGUAAGAAGCGGGGAUCUUUUUAUUAAGGGGAAGGUAGAAGAGAAUCAACUCAACCACAGAGACAGAAGAUAGUGAAGACGGACACUGCCUCUAAGACGAGAGCUUCAUCAAGCAAGACUGCCUCAAGCCACGUGAGUACUAGAGGGGUGGAAUUUAUCUCAACCGGUGCCGCGGAGUCCCCUGAAUCCAAGGGCAACGGGUCAGAUGAAGACGAUACCUUUGAAGUGCCAUCAUUAAGGCUACCACAUAAGUAAGUAGAAGACAGAUAUUACGCCUCAGAUGUAGAAGCUUUAGAUACAACACCAACAAGAAAAACGGCACUGAUCCCUUUUCCUGCUCUCAAAAACAGUAUCCUUGUCCUAUCAACCUGUGUAACUUUCCAUUUGGUUGAUUUUCUCAACCCUCGUUUUGUUUCUAUGAUCAGACCAGGGCCACUUCUAAUUUUGAUGUUAGUUUAGGCAUGAAAGACAUGACCAAGACCUAGUAAAUAUAAUGUUACUCUGGGUCUUAGCAUUUUAUUUUCUCUCCACUUCAUUACAGUACUUGUACUGGUAUCUAUAGGGACUAAGAUGCAUUUCCUAAGAUGGAUGAUGGCUUGCAUGGAUUGCAAUGCAUUGCAUGGAUGGCAUGGCCAGGAGGAGCGAAGGCGUGACCUUUUUAAAGGGGAAGCGCGCACUUCUCUGCUUGAACGCAGCGCCUCGCCUGACAAGGCCACAGGAGGGCCGCUGCCUUGCUUAUCUUGUUGCGCUCUGCCCGCCCGCGGAUAGGGGGGCUGUUUCUCGUAGGGGUGAGGCCGCGCGUGGGCCACUCCCUUUCGGUUCGAGCUGGCUGCAGGGAGGACCGGACGCAGAGCGCCUGACGCCUGGCCGCGUUCCGUUGGAGAUGCCAGCAAACUAGCCUAGACAUUCGCAGCUAGAUAGAAGCCGGGCCCCUAAGUAAGUGCGUGAUGGUCGAUAGGCGUAAGUGCUUAAGAUGUUAGAUUAUGAAGCCCCCCACUGCCCCCCUGGGAUGGAAUUGCCAUGCUUGCGACCAUUGUGCUUACAAUAUAUUGAUGCUUAUACUUUUUCGCUAUGGGCCCGCGUUAGAAGUAACAGGAACGCAGUGGCGUUGGGCUUUCAGUCUAGCCCUGAUUUCCGGCUGGGUUUAAGUAGGCACACGACAAGGGCGCUAGUUUCCUUGCGUACACAGGCUACGGCGCGCAUCUAUGGCCCUCUGCGUUGCCGGCGUUGGGGCGGUGGUCUUCGGGGGGUGUUCUGACUGUAGCCUGCGUAUGCUGCGCCUGGAUGCGAAUGCUUCGAAGUUGCUUGCGCCCAAGCUGUUGGAAGGUGAAACUCGACUACAGUAAGUGCGGACGAUGGCGCCCGAAGGGCGCCCCGAAAAGAAAACGACUUAGUUCUAAAUAGUGCCAUCCAUUGCCAUGCAUGCAAUCCAUACCAUGCAUUUUAGAAAUCUGGAAAGAGCGAAGUUCUCUACUAUAAUAGUAAGGGCGAUAUCGAAGAGAGAAGUAUUCCAGAAGUGCUGUCCUAAGUGAUACAUAGGUGGCACUAGCUCUAACAUCACCUCCCAGUGACUUUAAAAGAGUGUGGGGUCAGGGAAAGAAAGCGCAGCAGGAUAGUAGCAAAAAGAACAAACAGCCGAAGGAUUUCUCUGGUGGUGGCGGUGGAACUACUACAGGAGGUACUUCAUUAUUUUGCUGAAACUGUUUGCGUGGCCUCUCACUAGUGGGCCUCUCGCUAGAAGUACGUAAUAGAUAAACAUAAAGUUAGAUAUUGAUAAGGAGACUUUUUAGUGUUUAUUUGAAGAAAAGGGGAGAGGUGAUCAACAUUUAAGAUUAAGAUUUUUUUUUCAUAUUUAUGUAUGUUCUAAAAGUAAAGACCCAGAUCGAGCACUAGACCUGAAAACUUCAACUUUCUUUUCUAGGCUUGAAGACAACUUGAUGCACUUGAAGAUACUAACUUAAGCUGAGAGGUGUUUUCGGUUUCUAUUUUUGGUUUCCAAAAUUCCGCUGGUCUCAGGGCACAGGAAAAUCGGAAAGAAGUAGGCGAUCGGGUAGUGCACCACGAUCGGGAAGUACACAAGAAGGACCUCCGGUCGAAUGGUUUGUACUUUGAAGAUCCCAAGUCUGUCAAGAUGAAUACUGCCGAACUAUUAAGGCUACGACUGCUAGACUAAAGCAGAUCUAUGUAUCCUUACUGACACUGCAAGAAUUGCCUUGUUAAUGUCAUGGCAAUUAAUUAAUCGAUCAGAUAUAGAUCCAUAACCAUAAGAUAUAAUAGACCCCGACAGUUCUUGUCCUGUUACGCUAAAACGAGCUUUUUACCCGCUGAUGGGAUAGCAAUCUUCUUCCUCCCACCAACAGACUAAAGCCUAUCCCCCGUAUAUCAUGGCCCUGGCUUCGCCUUGUUUUGCAAAUAAAGGAUAGGAGUGGGAGUGCAUGAGCAUGACUCUCAACGAGGAAGAUGCGAAAGUCGUUUAGUCGCGCGCGCUUCCAAAGGUAGAACAUAGCGACUAGAUACAGCUCUAACACUAGUACGCGAACAAGCGAAGAAUCGUAAGAAACAGGACAAGGCAACAGGUUUGACCGAACUGAAGCCAGGGGAGCGGCGUCGUUUCGGUAUACGUAAGAUUAUGGCCGGUCGUCUGGAACCACCUAUAUUGUAGUCAGGUCACCCCGAACCACGUAGGGAUAUUGUAGCAUGGUAGUGGGGAGAAGUUUCCUACAUUUGUCUCUUCAAGAAAGUAUCCGGUUCACUUUCCCUUGUCGUACUCUUUUCUUGACGACAUAUCUUUAUUUUUCCUCUUUGUGUAGACGAGUGAGUGGUCGCCUAGAAGUAUUUGAGCAGGGGAAACAUACAAGGGAGUAAUCCGUGUAAGAGUCUAUGUCUACAGGUACUUACCAUGAAAAGUAUGGAUCAUCAUCAUGAUCUCCAAGAAAGUCGUAUCGACGACUAGAUCUAGUGUGAACACCGCACUAUACACUGGCUGUGGCAAUUGAGAUUUCAUCAUUAGAUUGUCCCUAAAGAACCAACCCGCCUUGCUAGACUGAGCAUCUCAUGAUCGUCAUCAGCAAGCUCCUCUAACUCUGACAGCAGCAAUGCGGGAGCAACUCUCAUUCGUGUUGUCCCUCAACACUCGAAAAGCAGACCUUCUUCCUCAUCGAACAAGGGUGGAGUUGCGGACUCUGUUGAGAUAGAAGAAACAAGUGAAAAGAAUUAAGGCUGUCGAUAAUUCAUCUUUGAGAAUGAGGUGAUUCCUGGUCAAGGUCAUCCCUGAAGCACGAGCUUCAUCAACCAAUUCGAAUAGGUUGGCAAAGGACCCAGCUCAAAGAUGACUAGGUCUAAGAGAAGAAGUCUUUUUUCGACAUUGCUGAUGUGGUUUUCCUUGUUCCAGGUCGAACGAUUUGGUUGCGAAAUUGUAGUUCAUCACAUUCUGCUUACUUUUUUUUGGAAAAGAACUCGUGAAAUUUUGAACCACUUCCUCGGUAGGUCUGUAGGUCUACAGGUACCUCACGAGCAGCUGAGGGCCCUCGCACUCCGACGACCAGUGCCUUCGUGGCAGAUGCCUGCCCAAAGCAGACAAACCCCACGCAAUUUGGCAAACACUGU